CGCUUCCGGGCCCGCAUCAUGGGGGACUGAGGAGCAGCGCCGGCCGCCCGCGCCCGCCCGCCCGGCCCGAGCCCGCCCGGCCCCGGCCCCCGCCCGCCUCCCCUCGGCACAGUCUCUGCGAAGCGGCGCCAGCCUCCCCGGGGAGCGGCCGGGCGAGGCGCCGGGUUCAUGUUCCGGGUGGCUGAACCUACCCCGACCCGAACUCAGGCGGCGAGGAAGAGCUGGCAUUUCAGUAGGACUAUGGAGGAGCUGGUUCAUGAUCUGGUCUCAGCACUGGAAGAAAGUUCAGAGCAAGCCAGAGGAGGUUUUGCUGAUACUGGAGAUCAUUCUAGAAGUGUGUCUUGUCUUCUAAAGCGACAGGCAAGGAAAAGAAGGGGACGGAAAAGACGUUCAUUUACCACCCAUCAUCCCUGGGAGACUGGUCACUGCUUAAGUGAAGGUUCCGAUUCCAGUUUAGAGGAAUCAAACAAAGACUACAGGGAGAAUCAUGCUAAUAAGAAAGACCACAGUGACUCUGAUGACCAGUUGUUGGUUGCUAAACGUAGGCCUUCCUCAAACUUGAAUAACAUUAGAGGCAAAAGACCUCUGUGGCAUGAACCAGAUUUGGCUGUUGACAGUUUGGGAAACAGAACUUUGCGCAGGAGAAGAAAGGUAAAACGGAUGGCGAUAGAUCUGCCAUCAGAAGUCUCUAAUGCACUGACAAUAACUCAGCAGCAGGAUAACAGCAGAGAUCAAGAAAUGGACAAUAACAAUAAAUCAUACCAGCACCAAGAGUUUUCUAAGAGCAAAGUGAAAAAAAGAAAAGUAUCUGCAGCUCGUCAAGGACCAGAAAUCUUGGAUGAAGGAGUUGUUAUAGAAAAUGAAGAAGUGAACCAAGCAAAUAAGGACAAAAUGGAAUAUGAGGAGCAAAAAGGCUCAGAUGAGAACAUGAGUGACAGUGAAUCCAGCAGUCUGAGCAGCAGUGAUGCUGGUUUGUUUACCAAUGAUGAGGGAAGACAAGGUGAUGAUGAGCAAAGUGAUUGGUUUCAUGAAAAUGAAUCUGGUGGAGCAUGUGGAAUUACAGGAGUGAUUCCAUGGUGGGAACAAGAAGACUCCACAGAACUGGAGAGAGAAUUGCCUGAUCCAGUCUUUGAAAGUAUCUUAACUGGUACUUUCCCUCUUAUGUCCCGUUCAGGGAGGAGAGGUUUCCAGAGCAGAUGUAGUCAUCUUCAUGGAAUGCCAGCAAGAAACAUAAAAAAGGCUUCAGGAAACCAGAAUGCACUGAUAACACCAGGACCAGGCGGUAGCAGGAAAACGGUUCACUUGGCCCAGGAUUCUCUUCACCAUGAUCACUGGUUUAGCCCUGGGGCUAGGAAGGAACAUAGCCAGCUUCAACUCUUGCGAGACAACCGAUCGGAGAGAGGACACAAGAAGAACAGCUCUGUAAAAACAGCUAGCAGGCAAACCAGUGUACAUUUGGGAUCAUUGUGCAUGGGAGACAUCAAGCGGAGAAGGAAAGCUGCUCCCCUGCCAGGACCCACAGGGUUUGUAGGAGAAAACACCCAACCAAUCCCAGAAAACAACAUUGGAAACAGAAUGCUGCAGAGUAUGGGCUGGACCCCAGGCACGGGCCUUGGACCAGACGGCAAAGGGAUAGCAGAGCCCAUAAGAGCCAUCCAGAGACCAAAAGGACUCGGACUUGGAUUUAGCUGACAGAAAUGCACUCUGGCUUCCCAAGAAAAAUAAAGCUCAAAACCAUUUUAAGAAUACAAAAAAAAAAAAAAAAAAAAAAAAGAAAAAGGAAAAAAUGGCAAAUAUAUUAUUUGUUGUGAUGGGCAAAUCCAGUGAUGUUUCUCUCAAAGACCUCUGAAGUCAAUGAGCUUCACACUGGCUACACCAGCUGCAAGGUACAGCCACAGUGGCAGAACCGGCAUUCGAGUCUAACUUUACAAUGGUGCUACAAUGUACAAAAACUUCUACUUUUUUAUUUUCUGUGGUCUUAAGGUUUAUAUUAAGCAUAAAAUUCAGUUUAUUCACUUUUUUUCCUAGAAGCUUCUGACACAGCAGGUUUUAGUUUUGUUUUGUAAGUACAAUUUCAUCUCAAGAGCCUUGAUAACAUUUGUCAAGGAAAGUGGAACUUUUUGCAGCUAUUGUGGUUUUCCCCUCUUCAGGCAAAGUUUCCAAACCUGGUAUUUGUAGUGUUUAACAAUAUUUGAGGAUAAGCUGUCAUUAUGUCCGUAAGAUAUACACUUUUCCCACUGGAAGGUGAUAUGGUAUGCAAUUUUGUAUAAGAGCAUGAAAAACAGCUUUGUUGUCAGAGAAAUACCAUUCCAGCAUCAUUUUCCGCCGAUGUAUUACUGUCUUCCACAUUCAAGCUCAAAAGUAAUGCUUUUAUACUUGUUUUUACCUUUACAGGAUUAUCUUUUCUCAGAAAAUAUUUUAAAAAGUAAAAGUUUACUCUGACUUUGGAUUUCCCUUUAUAUUAAUAAUUCUCAGUGUUGCCACAUUUAGGAAUAGUUUGAGCUUUGAAACAGGAAAUUGUAUUUCAAAGAUGACUGUCUUUCAGUGUCUGUAUUGUGGGGUUUGGCAUAUUUUAAACAAUGCAGUGUUCAACAUGGUUUGGUUUGUGACCAUGCUGUUGCCAAUGAGCCACAACCUUUAAGGAUCAUGAACAGAAAAAGGGCAAGGAGAAGCAGGAUUAGGAUGGAGGAAAGGAAGGAAAAAGAUACUUUGAUGCCAUCUCACAAAUCUAAGCUAGCAAUUUAAAAUCAAGAGGGAUCAUUAAGUGUUUUAAUCAGUAUCCUAAUGUAUCUAAUGUCAGCAGAAGCAAUUUCAUUAAGCACCAACCAAUCAAGCUCCUAGGGUACUUAUUAGUCUGCAGGAUAAAACAAAUUCCACUUUAAAAUUAAAUGAUAGGGUUGAAGGAAACUUUUGUUAUGAUGGACUAAGAAGAAAAUCAUGCUCCUCUUACCACCCAUGCCUGUAGUAGCUGGCAAUAUUUACCCUGACUGCAGAGGAAACAGGAUUUGAUUCUCCAGUCUUUUUUUUGCUCCAAGAGGAGGAUCUCUCCCUUCCUCAGCUCCCAAACUGCAGAGAAAAAUACUUAGUUCUGGAUGCUUGCAAAGAUAUUUCUUUAGGAUAAAAAGAGCACAACUUCAUUCAUGUGACUCUGAAAUACAGUGAUUAACUUUAAGACAUGUUUUAAUUACUUUUUUUUUUUCUCUCAGCUUCGCCCAUUUUUCCAGGAAAUAGCAGCAAGAAAAUUACGAAUAGCAGCAUUAUAGAAAUUAAUUUCCUUAAAAGAAAUGUUCAUACUUUCCACUGUGAUAACUGUCAGUUUGGGAACAUUGUUUUGCCAUGCACUGUAGUGUAGAGUGAAAGAUUAGUACCUGGUGUUCUUUUUAUGAUAGUUGAAUGCACAAUGCAUAUGUUCUCUAAGUUUUAGAAAGACUUUUUUGCUGUUAAAAUACUUUUUGUGAUUGUGUGGUUUGACUUUUUAAAGAAAUUUUAAACAGACUUGGGAUUUAUACAACAACACAUACACUUUUUAAUGGAAGGUUUUAGGGCACAAUAUUAUGUGAGUUUGCCACUUCAAAUAUUUCUUGCACAACUGAACAUUCCAUAUUCAAAGAAUUUCAAGGCCACAAAGGGCUGACAGUCUGGAAUUCUGCAGCUGGCAGAGGUGCCCACUUGUAUAAGUAUUAUUUCCAAUAAUGCCUUUAUGUGGCCUGCACCUGUUCUGUCAGUGCCAUGUGCUACCGAGAGCAAGCAAAUUCUAACCACCUCUUUUUAUUGUACACCACAAUCAAAAAUCCGUUAAAAUAAUUUUCAACGUUUGAAUUGGGAAAGUGAAUCUUUUAAGAUCUGGUUGUUGUAGUUCUGUUUGCAAAACUGUAAAGGAAUACUCAUUCCGUGUUAAAAUUCAGUUGUUUUCCUUUGGUUACAACACCUGCAUAUCUCGGGCUGGAAGUUCUAAGUAUGGCACAUGUAACACUUUGAAGUAUUUCUGUGCAAUUUAUCAUAGCAGUAGUUCCUCAAGAAAUAAGUCUGCAGCUCCAAAAGUACUUGUAAAUGUUUCCUGUUUUUAAAAGAUAAGAGGGAAGUAAUAGAUAUAUGUUGAGGGAAAAUAUCUUUAGCCUAUUCAACUCUUUUUUCAUCUGUUCAUACAGAUACAGUGAAGCAGCCAGUCUAGUAAACAGUCAUAAUGGAAGAACUAUUUAGUCAGAUUGAAAAUCUUACAACUUUUUGUUUUAAAUCACUCUAUUAGUGAGAAGCUAUUAGACAUUAAGAUUAGUCAAACUGGUUUUGAUAUAGAGAUAGAUACACUUUGUUUUCCUCAGGUAUUAUCAAUAGAUGCCACAGCUGACAGUACACUUUAUCUGUUAGAAGCUGUAAAACUAAGUGAUUAAAAUAUUUUAUUGUAGUGUUUUGAGAUAUUUUUUGUGCAGUAAAAUUUCCAUUCUGACUCAAACUAUCAUUUCAUUUUCACUUUUCCACAUCUCACAGGAGUGGCUUUAAAGAUACUCCAGUAGUGUGAUUUCGCACAGUUAAAACUAGUGUUAAGAAACAAAACAAAAAUUAAUUGUAGGGUUUUUUUCCUUUUUUAUGGCCAAUGUUAGCUGGCUUUGAAACAGGUCGAAGUACUUGGAUUUACUGGUUUUUUCUUCAGAUUUUUCCUAUGUCUAACUUGCAAUCAUACCAUGAUACCUGCUAUAAAACUGGCUCACAUUAUUUUAAAAUACAUACAGGUAUUUUCAGAUAGUAAUUCUUUUAUGUCUGUGACACUGAAGGGGUUUUGCCUACAUAAAUAAAUAUGGGAUCAUCUUGUAUCUAAAAGUUACCAUCCAUCACUUGCCAGAUUCUUUCCAUUUAGGUAUUUGAAUCAGUAGCUCAGCUGUUACCAUAAUGUUCUUCCUCUGAAGAAUGUCUAGUGAAGAGACAUUGCCUAUUAUUGCAUUGUGUUUUGCUACAUGUUCCAUGGUGUCUCAAAAGUUCUGUGAAUUGAGCCAUUAACUGUUAAUAAAAGAAACCCAUGAGCAGUAUCUUAUUUCUAAAUAAAUAUUUGUUGAAGUCAGAGAAGCAUUAUCAAUAUGCCCAUUUUAACAAGUUUGUCCCUGCAUUUGUCUUUCUGCAAUUAGGUCAAUAAUGGGUGUAGAGUGGCAGUAAAUAGCUAAAUAAUAUGUAUAGAAUGCUUUGCUUUGACAACACAAAUGCAAGAUGAAAUAAAAUAAAUUAACUCCA